CGGUGACUAUGCAGUGGAUGUAUUUGUGUCAGAAAUGAAGCAGAACUUCCAGCACGAAGAAACUGCCUGCCAUCUCAGGGUCGAGGGCUUGGGUAUAGACCUACUGAACCAGACAGCCCCCUCAGGCAGCUGAAAUCCGACAGGUGCAGCAGCCAUGAUGAUAAUAUAUCGUCACGCUCCUAAGUAAUCUCGAGUAAUUUGAAGUUCGAGUCCGAUCGUAGAAAGUGAUAGCAGUAUCGUUUGUCGUGGGUAGUUGAUCCUCGUUUAGAACCGAUGGAAUGCCCUGAGUGUUGAGAUGAAUGGAUGAUAGAGUCCUGCAGAAACUCAAAAGGCAGUUCCGAGCGGAGGAAAGACCGGCUUUAUAUGCGCAGGGCCUCCGGCGUGGACCUCUGCUCAACCAUCGCCAAAACUCUUAUUAGCCAUAGCCAUUUGCGCUCUGGAGAGUCUUCCUACAUCAUUAGCUUGGCGGCUACUCGUUUUGGAAGGUUUGACCGAGCGACAGCUCUUACGUCAACAGGGUCGGUCCCCCUUUCCUUUCCAAAGUUUCCAGGGCCCUCCGUGCGAUUGGAGCCCGGACGAGCGAAACCGGCCCUAAACCCGCGCAGCUUUCGCCGCUCAUGCAAGUGUCCCGGAGACAAGCCGAAAUCGAGCCUCCAAAUGCCGUUUGAUGGUCAUGCAUGUCCCAUUCUUUUGGUCUUGUUCGCUUGGCUGGUCUCUCUGACGCACACUCCCCACCAUCACGCCGCGCGGCUCGGUAUAAUACUCUCUUCUCACAUACACGCACGCAGGGUACUGCAUACCUACGCCACAUACGUGGAGUGGUCAAUUGUCCGGGCUAACCCUUUGGCAUAGCGUACAGGGUACCCGCAGGCUAGACCAGUCGCGGCGUUAAAGGACUUAAACCCCGGGGAGCCGUGCCAGCCCUUCCUCGGUCGAGUCUGAAAUUAUGGUUUCAUGAAUCAGCACCGGCCAAGCAACCAAGGGAACAAUACUAAGCAGAGGAGAAUAAGGGCUCACGAA